CAAUGACAACUUUCUCAAAUGCGAUGCUGCUUGCUGGCAAGGUGUGCGCGAUAACAGGCGGAGUCUCUGGCAUUGGACGAGCGAUUGCCAUUGAGUACUUGCGCCAGGGCGGCGCUGUCGCGGUGAACCAUCUUGGCGAUCGCAAGUCUAUUGACCUGUAUAAGACCCUCAGAGCCGAAGUCGGCAAGGACGCGAAGCUCAUUGGUGUCGGCGGUGACAUUGGCAAGAUUGAAACCGGCAAAGGACUGGUACAGGCCGCAGUCUCUGAGUUUGGAUCACUUGACGUCUUUGUUGCAAAUGCUGGCGUGAGCGUGUUCCAUGAUUUUCUCACCACCGACGAGAAGAUGUUCGAGUCGCACCUUCACGUAAACACUCGUGGCACAUUCUGGUCUGUUCAAGCAGCUGCUCGACAGAUGGUAUCACAAGGUAAAGGCGGCUCAAUAAUCGGUGUCGCCUCCAUCAGCGCACUCCUCGGCGGUAAACAACAGGUACACUAUACACCGACCAAAGCCAGUGUCCUCAGUAUGAUGCAGUCAGCUGCUUGCGCACUAGCAGAGCACAAGAUACGAUGUAAUGCGCUGUUACCCGGUCACACUCGCACACCGAUGAGCGCCGACGACUUGGCCAAUCCAGAAAAGUUGAGAGCUGUGAACGGACGUAUCCCUCUUGGUCAUGUCGCAGAACCUCACGAUAUGGCUGGACCUGCCGUUNUCNUCGCAAGCGACAUGAGCAGCUACGUUGACGGGCCCAACGCCUCUGACUUCAGGUUCCGCUUGAAAUUGACCAACGGCUACCUCCUCGAGGCUCAAGGCGCCAGCAGCGGUCACGCAGCUACCUUGGGUCCUGCAGCCAAUGGCAAUGGACUGCAACAGGUCUUCUUCAACCCUGUUGGAGAAGCAAACACCUAUGUUUCUUGUACGCAAAACACUGCUGGCACUCCUCAUCUUGACUGCAGGGUCAAGAAUGUUUUGCAGCAGGCCUAUGUCUGUGACGAUGACUGCAACCAUGUCUACUUGGUUCCCGUUGGCGGUGCUGUCCCUAAAAACUAUUACCAGAAUAGCGGUAUUUUCUACGCU